CGCCUGUCAGAAACAAUACUGAGGCCGGCCUCGGCCGGCUGUCUGCGAGUGACGUUAUCGCACUCAUGCGGCUGCGUUAAGCGUUCGUGCAGAGGCGCCAAAUCUUUUGUGAUCAAUAAAAGCGCUUAAGCAAAAUUAAAAAAAAAAAAAAAGUUGUUUAUGGUGAUGUUUACGGAUGUAAUGGCUGCGAACCAUUAGAUGUCGAAGCGGACCCUUCCUUCUCCGGAGUAGUUGGAGGCUAGGUUUCAUUUAGUAGUGUUUGCGCAGACCGGCUGGUGUCUUGUAGGCCUGUGGUAAACAUGCCGCUAACGGCCGGUGUAAUUCGUCGGCUGGACGAGACAGUAGUCAACCGGAUCGCCGCAGGGGAGGUCAUCCAGCGACCCGCCAAUGCGAUCAAGGAGAUGAUGGAGAACUGUAUAGAUGCAAAGUCAACAAGCAUCCAGGUGACUGUUAAAGAAGGUGGAAUGAAAUUAAUCCAGAUUCAAGACAAUGGAUGUGGAAUAAGGAAAGAAGACUUGGAUAUCGUGUGUGAGCGAUUUACCACAAGCAAACUUCAAUCCUUCGAAGACUUGUCUAACAUUGCUACUUAUGGAUUUCGAGGCGAAGCACUGGCAAGUAUCAGUCAUGUGGCUCAUGUUACUAUAACCACAAAAACAGCAGAUGGAAAAUGCGCUUACAGGGCUUGUUAUGCAGAUGGCAAAUUAAAAGCACCCCCCAAACCAUGUGCAGGCAAUCAAGGAACUCAGAUUAUGGUUGAAGAUCUAUUUUAUAAUGUAUCUACAAGGAGAAAAGCUCUGAAGAGCCCCAGUGAAGAACAUGCAAGAAUAGUUGAAGUUGUGAGCAGGUAUGCUAUCCACAACUCUGGCAUCAGUUUCUCAGUUAAAAAACAAGGCGAGACAAUGGCAGAUGUGAGGACAUUAUCAAGUGCAACAACUGUAGAUAAUAUCCGGUCUAUAUAUGGAAAUGCUGUGAGCAGGGAGCUAAUAGAAGUUGGAUGUGAAGAUGCCAAGCUUGCCUUUAAAAUGAAAGGAUAUGUGACUAAUGCCAACUAUUCAUUGAAGAAAUGCAUUUUCUUACUCUUCAUUAAUGCAAGACUGGUUGAAUCGACAGCUUUAAAAAAAGCUAUAGAGUCUGUGUAUGCUGCCUAUUUACCAAAGAAUACUCAUCCAUUUCUGUAUCUAAGCAUUGAAAUAUCUCCUCAAAAUGUUGAUGUGAAUGUCCACCCGACAAAACAUGAAGUUCAUUUUUUGCAUGAAGACAGUAUCAUUGAGAAGGCACAGCAGCACAUAGAGAGCAAAUUGCUGGGAUCCAACUCUUCAAGAAUGUAUUUCACUCAGACCUUGUUGCCUGGAGCCUCUAUAUCUGCUAGCGAGGUUAUUAAACCAUUGGCAGGUUCUUCUCAGAAGCCAGGAGAGAAGGUGUAUGCUCAUCAGAUGAUCCGAACAGAUGCCAAGGACCAAAAGCUGGAUGCUUUUCUUCAGCCUCUUUCCAGGUCUCUGCCAUCAACUGCCCUUGGAAGUCAGAAUUCUGAAGUUACUAAGGAGGAAAAUUGCCCAAAAGAAAUUAUGGAAGAUAUAAACAUGCAUGAUGUGUCUGAUGUCUCUAAUAGUAGAAGUGACGAUGACAAAAAUACAGAUGGAACGGCUUGCACUUCUGGGGACACUGCACCACCCAGGAAGAAGAGAGUGCGCACUGACUCUGAUGAAGAGAUGGUGGAGGUUGAAACAGACAAUUAUAUGACCGCUGCCUCCACUCCAAGGAGAAGGAUUAUAAAUUUAACUAGUGUUUUGACCCUUCGGAAAGAAAUUGAGGAAAGGGCACAUGAAGGCCUCCAGGACAUGCUGCGUAAUCACUCGUUUGUUGGCUGUGUUAGUCCCCAGUGGUCUUUAGUUCAAUAUCAGACAAAGUUGUACCUGUUAAAUACAACAAAGCUGAGCCAGGAGCUCUUUUAUCAAAUACUUAUUUAUGACUUUGGCAACUUUGGCAUUCUGAAACUGUCUGAAUCUGCACCCCUUUAUGACUUGGCAAUGCUAGCUUUGGACAGCUCCGAAAGUGGAUGGACAGAAGAAGAUGGACCAAAGGAAGGACUUGCUGAGUACAUUGUUCAAUUCUUGCAGAAGAAGUGUGAGAUGUUAAAAGAUUAUUUUUCACUUGAACUUGAUGAGAAAGGAAACCUUACUGGACUCCCACUAUUGAUAGACAACUAUAUUCCGCCUUUGGAAGGACUGCCUAUGUUUAUUUUGCGCUUAGCCACUGAGGUGAACUGGGAUGAUGAAAAGGAAUGCUUUGAAAGCUUCAGCAAAGAAUGUUCACUGUUUUACUCUCUCAGGAAGCAGUUCAUAUUGGAGGAAUCUGCUUGUGAGGAGAAGAGUGCUGAAAUAACUUCUCCAUCAUGGAAGUGGACAACUGAACACAUACUAUAUAAAGCCUUCCGAACACACCUCCUUCCCCCAAAACCAUUUGCAGAAGAUGGAAGUAUCUUGCAACUCGCAAACUUGCCAGACCUGUAUAAAGUGUUUGAAAGAUGCUAGCUCAUCUGGCUAGUUUCCCCAUUGUAAAUGCCAUUUCUAGCCUUGUUUUCUAGAUUACCGUCAUGGCUGUUAAAAAAAAUAAAUUAAAAAAAUGUAAGGUUCUAUUGCCUAUUUGAAUGUGUAUGGAUGAAUGCACAGUAUGAAACAAAAUGUAUAUUGGCAAGAGUUACAUCAGAAUAAAUGUUUUAUGAAGAGCAUGCUCCUUAACAAAGUUGAUAAUGUAUGUUAAUAAAGUUUGUAUUUUUCUGCUUUAUAUUUAUAUCACUGAAAACGGUGCCAAAGAACAUUUUUAUGGAUGUAAAAAUGAAUAUAUGUAUAUAUACUUUAUAUUUACAAACAGAAUAUGUGAUUGUAUAAAGCAAUAAACCUUGCUUGGCAGUA